AUGAUAGUACAGCAUGAGUAUCCCUUGAGCAUGGUUGAUCAUGCUAGUUUCCAAAGGUUUGUAAGCUCUCUUCAGCCAUUGUUCAAGAUUGGGACUAGAAAUACAAUUAGAAAGGACAUAUUGAUGCAAUAUAAUGUUGAGAAGAAGAAAGCCAUUGAAUACAUGGUUGGAAUUGAUUCUAAGGUGGCUAUUACUACAGAUAUGUGGACCUCUGGUAAUCAAAAGAGAGGUUAUAUGGCCAUCACAGGUCAUUUCAUUGAUGAAUCUUGGACUCUUAGAAGCAUUAUCAUGAGGUUCAUUUAUGUCCCUGCCCCUCACACCGCUGAUGUGAUUUGUGAAGAAUUAUAUGAAUCUUUGGUUGAUUGGAACCUUGAUGAGAAGAUAUACACUGUGACUCUUGACAACUGCACUACAAAUGAUGCGGAUGGUCUAGAACCUUUGAAAAAUACAAUUAAGAAUAUUCGUGAAAGUGUAGCAUAUUGGACAGCCACACCAAAAAGAAUUGAGAAGUUUGAGGAGAUUGCUAAGUUUGUCAAAGUUCAUAUAAAAACUAAGAUCUCUCUUGAUUGUAAGACUAGAUGGAACUCAACCUUCAACAUGCUUAGCAUUGCAUUGACUUAUAAGGCUGUUUUCAUUAGAGCCAGUCGUGUUGAUAAGCAGUACACUUGUUUGCCUAGUGAGGAAGAAUGGAAUUUGCAGCAGAAGUUGUAG